AUGGAUUCAACAUAUCGCAAUACUCGUGUCAUGAUCGACACGUCGUCGGACGAAUCAGAGGCUGAUGAACAGGUUGGGGUUUUGAGCGUUUUUCCUUCUCAAAAGAUCAGAAAAAAUGUCGUUAUUUCAGAAUGAAACACCACCACCGCUUCAAAUCGACGACUCAUCGAUCGUCGACGAUUCGAUCGGUUCCACCCAAUCGAGUUUCGCAACGUCUACACCGUUUUCCAAGUCGACGACCUCUUCUCGUCUGGAUCCAUCGUACGGGAGCUCGAAAAACUCGACGGGAAGCCACGACCGGAGCCGCAGUUUCGUGGAGCCGGAUGUGAAUAUGAGUCCGAUCUCGAAGAAACUCUCCGAUUCGAACGAUGCCAAGUCGAAGCAGCAGUUGCGCGAACGGAUUCUGAGAAAGACGGUCAGACAGGACAGUGCGGAUGGUGGUUCGCCGUGUGUGAAAAGCAGUGGAUGGGGUUCGGCGGCCGACGAUCCGGAGUCCAGCGAUCUGUUCACUGCCGCUCUGUCGCCGAUCGUAAAAUCAGCUCCAAGCCGCCCGGCUUUAGGGUUUCAGGAUUCAGCGGUACGUUGAAAACAUGGAAAGUCCAAAAACUCAGCUUUAGAAUCACUUUUCAGGGCGAGGCGGCGCAGAAUCGUCGCGAUGAGAGUGACGAAAUUGUCGAUGACUCUCAUGAAGGCUACGGAACGCCCGAAACGGCAAAAGCUAAAAUCCCCAUCAAUCUCGACGACAGCGACAUCAUCGACGUGACUCCGGAGAAAAGAGAGACGACGAAGAUUCCGCCAGUCGUCGUCAAACUCGACGACAGCGAUAUUAUCGACGUGACCCCGGAAAAGCCGCCGGCCAAAGCUCCGCGCUCACCGAACCGAGCGAAAUUGGAGAAUCUGAGCUACAAGGAGCUGGUUGCGAAGAAGAAUCAGGUGAUGUCGCUGCUCGGUUACUCGGAUAAUCUGCCGGACAAGGGCGCGCGCAUCCGCCUUCAAUUCCAGGAGCUCGACGAUGAAAUCGAGAGGAGAAAGGAGCUGGGACUGGACGAAAAGGACGAAGAUGAUGAUGAUGGUGAUGAGCCGGCGCGUCGUGUUGCUCCGAAGCUUCCGAGCGGGUCGGUGAUGACCAAGAACGGACUGCUCCCUCCGAAACAUUUUAUCGACUUGCCGCCGCCGCAACAAGACCUGAACGCUCUCGUGGGCAGGGACAACAAGAAGCUGAUGAGCGGAAAGAUGACGGACGAAAAGUACAGAAGAGUGCAGGGCAUUUCGGACCGCGUCAUGCAGCAACUGCUCGAGUGAGUGCAACGAAAAUCUGCUUGACUCAACAAUUCACCUUUUCAGUGCGACGCACACGAUUCCGGCCGAAACGGACCUGACGAACACUCCGGCUGGCUUCAAAAUCGAGUUGAUGCCUCAUCAGAAGGGCGGUCUCACGUGGAUGCGAUGGAGAGAAACGCAGCCGCAAGCGGGCGGGAUUCUGGCCGACGACAUGGGUCUCGGAAAGACGCUCUCGAUGAUCUCGCUGAUCGCUCAUCAGAAGAAUGCCCGGAAAGCACGGAAAGAGGCGGGCGAGGAUGGCCAAGACAAGGAGAAGCGGAAAGUGGCGAAGGAGCAGGGAUUAGUCCCAUCGAACGGAACUCUGAUCAUAGCGCCGGCCAGUCUCAUCCAUCAGUGGGAGGCAGAGAUCGAGAGACGGCUUGAGGAGGGCACCCUGUCCGUGUUCAUGUUUCACGGAACCAAGAAGCAGAGGGACAUCGACGCGAGACGUCUCGCCCGCUACGACGUCGUCAUCACGACCUACACAUUGGUGUCGAACGAGCUGAUGGAGAAGAUCAAGACAAAGUCGAAGGCGGACGAGGAUUCAGACGAGGAUUCGGACGACGAAAAGGGUGGUGGCGGCAUCAGAAAGACCGUCGGGAAGGACGACUCGGCGCUGGCGCAGAUCUGCUGGGCACGAGUCAUUCUCGACGAGGCGCACACUAUCAAAAACCGGCUCGCGCAGUGCUCGAAGGCGGUGUGCCGUCUCUCGUGCUACGCCCGCUGGUGCCUGUCCGGAACUCCGAUCCACAACAACCUCUGGGACCUCUACAGCCUCAUCCGAUUCCUGCGAGUUCCGCCGUUCAGCGACGACAAGUACUGGAAAGAGUCGAUAAUGCCGAUGAAGCCGAUCAUGGCGGACCGCGUGAAUCUGCUCACGAAGAACCUGCUACUGCGUCGCACGAAAGAGCAGACGUGCGCGGUGACCAACAAGAAGCUCGUUGAAUUGGCGGAGAAGACGGUGCACGAGCACGACCUCGAGAUGGACGGAGAGGAGGCGCAGGCGUACGCGAUCAUGAUGGAGGCCGCGCAGAAGUUCGUCAAGCAGAUUGUAAAGCAGUCGGACGACAUCAAGAACUACGGAUACGUCAAGCAGCGGCGAAAGAACGGGGAGGAGAUGCAGAAUCCGUUCAAUUGUAAGCAGCCAUUCCAUUUUUUUCAUAUUUCAUUAUCUCAUUUCAGUCGGUCCGCGCAACCUGCAGCUCAACUCCAACUUCCAAAACAUGUCGUGCGUCCUGAUGCUCCUUCUGCGUCUCCGUCAAGCCUGUGUUCACUUCCACAUCACGCGAGGCGGAAUGGAUAUGGAUGCGUUCCAGCUGAUCGGCGGCGACGACAACGUCGACGUCGACGAGAUCGGCGCGCUUCUGGAGAAAACGAUGGCGAACUUGUCGCUGGGAAACGAGAGCGACGAGGAGAACGAGCGGGAGAAGGAAAAAGAGAAACCGACGCCGACGCGCAUCUUCGAGCCGCACUUUUUGAGCUGUAAAAUCAAAAAGACGCUGGAGCUUGUUGAAGAAAUUAUGGGAAAGCAGGAGAAAGUGUAGGUUGCCCACUUUUUUCGAACCUUAGUAAUGCUUUUCUUUUGCAGUGUGAUCAUCUCGCAAUGGGUCUCCGUGCUCAACCUGAUCGAAUCGCACAUCCAACGAGGCGGAUUCAAGUACACGUCGAUCACCGGACAAGUGCUCGUCAAGGAUCGGCAGGAACGAGUGGACAGCUUCAACCGGGAGAAGGGCGGCGCAAGGGUGAUGCUGCUCUCGCUGACGGCCGGAGGAGUCGGACUCAAUCUGACGGGCGGCAAUCACUUGGUGAUGGUCGAUCUGCACUGGAACCCGGCGUUGGAGCAGCAGGCGUGCGAUCGAAUCUAUCGGAUGGGACAGAAGAGGCCCGUGUUCAUCCAUCGACUGGUUACGAAGGGCACGAUCGAGCAGAGGGUCGUGGAGUUGCAGAAGGCAAAAUUGCACCUCGCCGCUUCGAUUCUCGACGGAACGGCGACACGAAAGAUGAACAAACUGACGAUGGCCGACAUCAAAAUGUUGUUCGGAAUCGAGUGA